AUGACUGCUGGUGGGAAGGACUCUGAUGCUGACCUCUCUGUAGACAGUUUUACGGAAAAUAGUUCACCAGCAGCUCCAAGAUUCAGAAUUGCAGGACUGAAGAACUCCCCGCUAGAAUUAGACGCACCUACUGUUCCUUUGCCUUCUCAGGCCCUCAAGUUGUCAGACGAAUCUUCGCCAGACACAUCCCUCUCGUUGGAAGACAUUUCUGCUCGGCUAUCCAUGAAUACUUCAUGUUUGAGCGAUCAUCUACAACACAGUCUUUCUUAUGCUAAGACACUUGAAUUGCGGGCGGCUCAUCUCUCUAAUCGUUUGAGUACUUCUGCAAAUUUAUCAAUGAGCCCCCGCUUGCUCUUUGCAUCGGAGACUACAAAACCGAAAGUUGAAGAGCAAGUGCAGGACUAUCGUAGGAGAAAUGUCAUUGUGGAUGAUAUGAACAUGCAAGCUUAUGCUUCAAUUAGCCAACAAACAGUUUCAAGCGUCGACCGAAUACUCCGCUUCUCUGAAGUGUGCCCCGAAGUCAUGAACAAUCAGACACCUAACCGUUUCAUUUCUAAAUCACGUCAUGGCUUCAAAAGACCAGAAAGUUUGUCUAAAAUGUUGAGCCCAAUUUUUAACUGCACUCUGGUCGGUUCUUUUUCUUCACUGGAAGAGUUAUCUAGAACUCAACUGGCAGUUUUGUAUAAAGGACGGCAUCGGCUGAGUGGAGUACUUUACUGUCUUAAGAGGUCCCGUUGCGAAUUUGAACUUGAACGUUCUCAUGGUGGCACUAUUUCCGAAAUAUUCAACGAGGUUCAAGCACUGGCACUUCUUCAACACCCCAACAUAGUACGAUAUUUCUCCUCCUGGUUUGAAGCAGACUCCAUAUUUUUGAAACUCGAAUAUUGCCUUGGCGGCAGUCUUUUUAACUACUUGCACCCACAGCGUUCUACGGAUACGUCGGAGGUUGUAAUGGAUCGCAUGUCUGCCAACAGCUUGUCUCCCCAAAAUAGCACCAUUCCGUCAGCCGAAGAGUCUCCCCCUCGCCAUCUUUCGGAAUCUGUCUUAACCGUGUUAGCCGUUCAUAUAACCAGUGCGUUAUACUAUAUGCACACUACUUGGUCUAUGCUAGAAAAGCCGGAGUCCCAUCUUGCGUCUGCCAAGGAGAAAUCUGACUGGGAUGCCAAAGAGCUUUGCCACACGCUCCUACAAAACGGGGACAUUUCCGGGUUUAUCUUCAAGCUCUCAGACUACGGACGCGCGUCAAGAGCUGGAGAAGAUCGAGAUGGCGAAAAUUUAGGCGAUGGUCGUUAUCUCCCUCGUUUAAAUGAUCCAAGCCCGCCUGCUUGCGCCGCAAUGGGGAGGGACGUCUACGCAUUAGGCAUAACCCUUUAUCAUGCUGUAGGUACUUCUUAUAACCUUACCUCUUCCUAA